GCGCUCGCCGCAAGAUACCUAGAAGAAGAUAGUGCACCAUUAUGGCGGGGCUUCAACGAGCCUCCCUCCCUAUCCAACCCUCGUCCAACCCCCAAGAGGGAGGUAAGGGAUGGUAUCGAGUAAAUGUGCAAACCUAGAAGAUGAGUAUAUAUAUACCAUCUUGGUUCUUGCAUAGCUGAUUCUCGCAAUUUCUACCACCUGUGCACAUGUUAACUCAUCACUGAUAUCACCCCAUACCUAAAAAUAACUCCUAAAUGGAACUGACACCGAUCAAGGUGCGCGGCAAACGACGUGCCCAAGAUGAACUGGCUGUUGCACCUCCACCAAAGCGUCCUCAAAAAGACCCGAGCGUAAAGAAGGACGCCAAGGCCCGCCGUCCCAAAUUCUCCAAUCUUGAGAAGUCUAUGCCUCUUGAAGUUCUUGAGCACAUCUUUUGGCUGAGCGAAAACGUCAAUUUCCCGCGGGCCAGUCUUCGUCUUGGACGCCUGCUUUCCGGCGCCGCCACUCUGCGCGGAACUUUUCUCAGUGCCUUUGGACCUACAUGGGACAAAUGUUUUUCGCUCAGGGGUCGGCAGCACAUAGUCGUUCACAUUGAUCAUUCUGUUCCAAGACGAGAUAAGGAUGAGUUCCCUGGAAAUCCCGACUUUCAAACCGUUAUAUUAAGACACUCGUGGGUUACCAUUGAUGUCAUUCUUGAUUGUUGGGAUAUCUGGGUUCGACGCAAUGCUCGAGAAGAUCUGGCUUUCGAAUACACUCCAUUAUGGGGCCAUCCCACUGAUCCCGCUCCUUAUGCAGACUCCAGUGUUACAAUCGGGGCUACUAACAUUAAAGAAGCUCGGUUUUAUUUCUAUCAAGAUUACUAUACGUUCCGUAAUAUUGAGGACGAUACGAUGAAACCUAUUACGCAGUCAUGCUAUCCCCAUUGGGUCGAGGUUCACAUAUGUACCGAAAUUCCAGACAACCUUAUCACCGGCCCAUGGGAUGAGCCCUCACUUCAGAAGUUCUUCUGGCUUGUGCGAGGCGGUGCUCGUUUAGCUCGUCACCAAACAUGGGAAACUACUCAUAGGGGUUUCUACAACGCUGUUACCGCCAAUCCGACCUGUCCUAAUCUUACUGCCCUGAGAUUACUUCACCUCCUAGAUGCAUUUAAUGAUUGGCCCCCAUAUAUCAAACAAGACGAGCUCUCCAAAAGUUUGGCUAAGAAGGAGAACUUGCCGGCUUUGCGUUGGCAAUAUUACUACAUUUCCGAGGUCUUGAAAUUUUAGAUGAAUUCCUAGUAUAGCAGGCCCUCACCAGCCUUCGAAUACCGUUGGAGGGUUUUCCAUUCGUCCAUGAAUACAGCUUCCGGGAUCUGGCAUUGGCAUAUUCAAUAGCAGUGCCUAGCCUGUAUAAGCCGUGUUAAAAACGUGGACAUGUCAUCUCUGUUUCAUUA